CCGGCCUCUCUGCCACUGCACCCCGCCAUGGCCCGUGGCCCCAAGAAGCACCUGAAGCGCGUGGCGGCGCCGCGGCACUGGAUGCUGGACAAGCUGACCGGCGUGUUCGCGCCGCGGCCGUCGUCGGGGCCGCACCGGCUGCGCGAGUGCCUGCCGCUCGGCAUCUUCCUGCGCAACCGCCUCAAGUACGCGCUGACGGGCGCCGAGGUGCGCAAGAUCUGCAUGCAGCGCCUUGUGAAGGUGGACGGCCACGUGCGCACCGACACCGCCUACCCCGCCGGCUUCAUGGACGUGCUGAGCCUGGAGCGGAGCGCCGAGCACUUCCGGCUGGUGUACGACGCCAAGGGCCGCUUCGCUGUGCACCGCAUCUCGGCCGAGGAGGCGCGCUACAAGCUGUGCAAGGUGCGGCGCGUGGCCGUGGGCGCCAAGGGCGUGCCGUACCUGGUGACGCACGACGGGCGCACCAUCCGCUACCCCGACCCGCUCAUCCGCGCGCACGACACGGUGCAGAUCGCGCUGGACAGCGGCCGCAUCACCGACGCCCUCAAGUUCGACCUCGGCAACCUGUGCAUGGUGACGGGCGGCGCCAACCUGGGCCGCGUCGGCGUCAUCACGCGCCGCGAGCGCCACCCCGGCUGCUUCGACGUGGUGCACGUGAAGGACGCCAACGGCCACGGCUUCGCCACGCGCCUCGACAACAUCUUCGUCAUCGGCGACGGCGGCAAGCCCUGGAUCUCGCUGCCGCGCGGGAAGGGCAUCCGGCUGAGCAUCGCUGAGGAGCGCGACAAGAGGCUGGCGGCCAAGCAGAGCGGCUGAGCGAGCGGCCCGUGCGCACGGCCCGCCUGGGGUUCACUUGUUCAUGUUGGGGUUCGGGCAGGGACCCAUGUGUUCGUGUUAGGGUUCACGCUGGGACUCAGGAUGUGUGCACGGGGUCCGUGGCGUGCGGGGGCUCGCAUGUUCGUGUUGGGGUUCACACUGAGGUUCGUGCUGUGGUCACGGGGCUCAC